GAGAGCCUGCAUCAGCACCAGCUACAGCAUCCCUGCUCUUCAUCAUCCACCAGAGCAUGAUACAGGGGGUGGGGGGCACCUUACCAUAAUACCGUAGGGUUAGGCUUGAGGAGGUGAGACCCGAGCAAAGGAAAGCAGCCACAUACCUUUGUAACACUGCAGAAAGAGGAGAAGGGGAGGAAAAAGGUGGGGGAAGAAGAGGAGGGGGUCUUAGAGCUUGGUGUUGGUGGCCGCAAAAGGGGGGGUACAGCCGGUUUUCACCUGAAGACAGAAGGAGGAGAAAGAGUGAGGAGGGAAGGAACCGUGUUGCAUCUUCAACGUCAGACUGUAGCUGCGUACUGAGGGCGACUCUCCACGGGAUGCUUUGAACCAUGGCUCGGCAUGCAGAGAAUAAUUCAUUUUGAGGAACACUGUUGAGGUAGAAGAGACGGUGGCAAGACAAAGAUGGGACAGUCCAUCAGACAGAGGGUUUCAGAAAGCCUCAUCCCCAAGCUGUGACGAGAUGGUCGACAGGUGCCGACUGCAAUGAAGGGUCUGGGGGACACCCGCGGCCGGCACCUAUCCGGGAAUUUGGACUCUCACCCAGACUCUCUUUACGUCUCACAGGAGCGUACCCCCUAUCUUAUCAGCUCCACAGAGUCAUAUCCCCCAGAGCCGCGUUAUUCUGACAAUUCCCUGCACCCUGAUUGCUUGUACCCCCUUAACAACCAGCUCACCAACAGCAGCACCUUUCCUCGCAUCCAUUUCAAUUCACAUUAUGAACCACCCGAGGAGACCCCACCAUUCCCAACACCUCACGCUCCCCCAGCCAAGAUCAACAGACUUCCUGCCAGCUUACUGGACCAGUUUGAAAAACAGCUACCCAUCCACAGAGAUGGCUUUAGCACUUUGCAGUUUCAGCGUGGGGCACCUGAGGGUAAAGACCGUAGUGAGAGCCCUGGACGCAUUCGCCACUUGGUUCACUCUGUGCAGAAACUUUUUGCCAAAUCUCAGUCACUUGAGGGUGGUGGUAGGGCCAGUGUAAAUGGCAAGAAAGGCACAUCUGAUGAUGGCAAGGGAACAAGGCGGAGUAAGAGCAAAGAGCGUGGCAAAGGAGAUGGAAAGGGUCAACCAAGAGGAGGUGGAGUGUCUGGUUGGUGGAGCUCCGAUGAUAAUUUGGAUAGUGACACAGGAGGGUAUCGCAACCCGGCUGGUAUGAUGACUCUAGGAAGACGCCCAGAGCAUGCAAAUCGUCACUUCUUGAGCGGAUACAAUACGAUUAGUGAGAGUAUGUUGAAGGCAUCCAAAAGCAAUAAUGACCUCAAAUUCACUCCCUUCCAGCCCCCAUCACUCACACUAUCACCUCUCCCAACAUCACAUGAUGUGGUCCCUGCCAACUCAACAUCUUCACUGAAAAGAGGAUCUUGGUCCACCUUAACCCUCAGUCAUGCCCGAGAGGUGUGUCAGAAAGCGUCAGCUACCAUAGACAAAGCACUGCUCAAGUCCAAGUCUUGUCACCAGGAUCUCAGCUACCAGUAUCUCCAGGUCCCGGGAGGAGAGUGGAGCGGAGCAACAACUAAGGAUGAUGACAUCCCAUGUCGGCGAAUGCGUAGUGGCAGCUACAUCAAAGCAAUGGGGGAUGCAGACAGUGAAGACUCAGAGGGGAGCCCUCAACCAUCCCCCAAAACAGCAGCUAGGAGGCAAAGCUACCUCAAGGCCACACAGCAGUCACUGAGUGAACAGAGCACCACCCAGAGGAGUUUGGAUCGUGUGGACUCCCUGGACAUUCUCUCCCCCCCAAAUUUCUCCAACUGGGAAGAGGACUAUAACCAGCUGACCGAGAGUGCAACAGAGGAGGGCAGCCUGUGCCAGGAUCCUGAACCACGCUGCCUCCUACAAUACCAAACAGCAGAUGCAGAAGAGCAGAGAGAACGAUACCAGCUCUGCCAGGUGCCAGAGGAGCCAAGGGAUCGGUAUGCACUGUGCCAGGUUCCAGAAGAAGAUAUAGAGCGGUAUACCCUAUGUCAGGUCCAAGAAGAGCAGAGCGAAAGGUACCAGCUUUGUCAGACAGUGGAGGAGCAGAGAGAGAGAUACCCACUGUGCCAGGUUCCUGAAGAACAGCGAGAGAGGUACCCACUGUGUCAAGUUCCUGAAGAACAGAGGGAGCGAUACCCCGUGUGCCAGGUUCCUGAAGAACAGAGGGAGCGAUACCCACUGUGUCAGGUUCCUGAAGAACAGAGGGAGCGAUACCCACUGUGCCAGGUUCCUGAAGAACCAAGGGAGAGAUAUCCAUUGUGCCAGGUGCCUGAAGAACCAAGGGAGCGAUACCCACUAUGCCAGUUGCCCGAAGAACAAAGGGAGCGAUACCCAUUGUGCCAGGUGCCUGAAGAGCCGAUGGAGCGAUAUUCUAUGUGCCAGGCACCCGAGGAGCAGAGGGAGAGGUACCCACAGGAGGAAAACCGAUACCCUCUGGUCCAGGCAAUGUUUGGGGAUUCAGUUCCAGUCCGGUCUGAUGCAUUUGACCUCCAUCUGCCCAAUUACUUCCGUUCACGUAGCCACAGCUACCUCCGUGCCAUCCAGGCCGGCUGCUCCCAGGACGACGAUACAACCUCCUUGCAGUCAAUGUCUCCCCCCCUCCCCAUCACCAGCCGGACACUACCUAGGCACAUCGGCUCCUCGUGCCUGGUGGGCUACAAGAAGACCCCCCCGCCAGUGCCCCCCCGGACCACCUCGAAACCCUUUAUAUCGGUGACUGUACAGAGUAGCACUGAGUCUGCCCAGGACUCUUACCUGGAUGCACAGGAGGGGCAGAGCGAGGCGAACAGCCAGUCAGGGCUCAGCACAUCCACUGAGAGCCUGGAGAGCACCCGGGCACCCAGUGUGACACGCAUUGGCCCCCCUACGCCUAUCCGGCAGGUCCCACCUGAGGUGCCCCCUAAAAAUGCAGCCGUGAAAAUAAUCAAAGAAGAGCCACGUGCCCCAGAUCCCCUCCCAAAACGCAAGCUAUCUUCCAUUGGCAUCCAGGUGGAUAGUAUACAGCCAGUUCCUGUUCCUGAACCCCCACCACCUGCCAGAUUCCAGUCGAUUGGGGUUCAGGUGGAGGAGGAGUGGAGGAACAGCCGCUCCAGCAGUAUGACGUCCAAACAAGAGACGGAUUCAGACACACAGGAACCCAGUAACUCGUCGGACAAAAGUGUUCCUGACUGUCCCCCGCCCCGUCAGUCCACUCCGGGUCCUGCUGGGCUCCUCCCUAAGAAAAACCUCUCCUAUGGAGAUGUGGAGGCCUCAGCCCUUCCUCCUCCUGACCCCUGGCUAGAUUCUGCAGCCUCCCCACCUUCCUCAGAACCAACCCAAGUUGGUUCAUGCCGUAGGGAUGGACACUGGUUUCUGAAGCUGCUACAAGCUGAAACUGAGAGAUUGGAGGGCUGGUGCAAACAGAUGCAAAGAGAAACAGGAGAUAAUAACCUUUGUGAAGAAGUGAUCGGAAAGGUCCUCAGUGCAGUUGGCAGUGCCCAACUUCUUAUGUCCCAGAAAUUCCAGCAGUUCCGUGGCUUGUGUGAACAAAAUCUGAAUCCGAACUCUAACCCGCGCCCCUCUGCACAGGACCUGGCCGGUUUCUGGGACCUUUUACAGCUCUCGAUAGAGGAUAUCAGCAUGAAGUUCGAUGAACUCUUCCAGCUCAAGGCUAAUGGCUGGAUUCUGAGUGAGAUCCCCGACAGGAACCAGGAAGUAAAGAGGCCACCUCCCCCUGUGCCAAAGAAGCCAGCCCGGCCCAAGCCCCCACUUAGUCGUGAUAAAGCCCCUGGCACCUCCAACAGUGACAAGCAGCGACAAGAAGCCCGCAAGAGGCUUAUGGCAGCCAAGAGAGCCGCCUCGGUGCGCCAGAACUCUGCCACUGAGAGUGCGGACAGCAUUGAGAUUUAUGUUCCUGAGGCUCAGACGCGGCUUUGAGUGGUCCACCCUUGGGUGCUGAGCUGGAGGAUCAUGGAGGAUGUCGGCAUCCACAGACUUACUGACAAACUCAAAUUGGAAACACAGGGAUGAAGGCACAAGAACACGUUUUUGUCUUUUUUGUUGAGGUGGUUAUGGAGCUGCCAGGAGGGUGCCAGAGAGUGAGAGUGCCAGGAUUUCUUGUUACCGAAUUAUUCUUAUUAAUAUUAAUGAGCUUUUCAGAUCUGUGUGGGGAAGAGAACCCUGUGUGGAGGGUGCGUGUGGGGGAUAUCUCAUGAUACAGCACCCUGCCCCACUUUAUCCUGGGCUGUGGCAAUAAGGCACCCUAGAAAAAAAAAAACAUUUGCACAAAGUGAGCACCCUGUUUCUUUGGACAAUAUGCCAUCUUUGUUUCACCUUUGUCUCUGUAAGUAACACCUAUUGCAAUAAGGAACCAAUCCCACUCCCGAUGACCUAUUCUCCCCUUUCCCCUGUUUAUCCUUGAGCAGGAGCAUGCGCCUUUUUUGUAGGAUGGUACUGAGUAGUACUCCGCUCAUUCAGCCCUAAAUUGUUUGUGGUGGAUUCAAAUGUAAUCUGUCCCGGCAGUAUGGCCGGUGGGGCAUCCUUCUGCGCGGUAAUAAUCACUGAGUGGCAGUACAGGAUACCCCAUUCUGCUCUGCGCUCUAAAUAUCAGGCUCCAUGUUGCAAUGUGUUCCUGGCCUAACUUGCAUUUUACGCGUAUUUAUUUUUAAACUUUAAUCAUGCCUUUUUUUACUGAUAAAUACAGGUGGUCUAGGGAAUUUCUCUCUGUGAGGGCAAUAACCUGCCUUGGCUAUAAGCUGUGGGUAUCACUGAUUUAACACCUUGUGCCAGGUUGGCCAGCAACACAUUGAUAGAGUAAGCACACUGCACUAUAUAAUGAGAUUUAAGUAUCUUUAUACAGAUAGUAAACACAACAAGUGUUUAGUGGUGCACAGUAUUCCUAUACCCUGAUGAGCACAUUGCCCCUGUAUGAUGAUGCUGGGUAUCUGUAUACACCAAAAUAAAAAUGCUGGGUUGUAUGAGGAAGAGUAUCUUUACAUCAUUAUAUAGCAAGAUAUACAAAUUCAUGUAGCGUAUCUAUACACUAAUGGACUCGGCUUGCUAUAUAAUGAUAGAGAGUAUCCCUUGACAUAAUUAAUGCACCCAUUCUGCUAUGUAAGAACGUGGACUCUGUACACUAUCGAGCAGGUCCACACUGUAUAAUGAUGAGUAUAGCUAUCCAUUGAUUACAUCAUGUUCUCCUUUGCCCCUCCUCCUUCGUUGAUGACAUCACUAAGGAUUGCCGGUUUCUUCCCCUUGUAACACGGACAGGACUAAACUUCACGUUUCAAAGACGUGUAAACAGGAUUUGUAGGACAAAAAUAAAUUUAAGAAAAAAACAAAACAGUUUUGAUGACUUUUGGAGAAAAAAAAAAAUCUAUUCCUAGGGGCGUUAACAAUAAAGAGCAAUAGAGCCUGACCUAUGGAAUUAUUUGCAUUCAUAAUAAUGCUUCAACAAGGACAAUUUUGGUCAUAACCUAAAAAGUGGAGGGAGUAGACAAAUCAGCGUUCCCUACAAUCCAUAUCAUGUUUAAAGAGGAACUGUCACUUGUGAUUUUUAAUAUCAUGCUUACUUAUCCCUAAAUUUAAUGACUAUGUAUUUACAAUAUACAGAAAUCCACACCUCUUUAGCCUGCAACUGGGUGCCCCCAUUUUAGGUCCCUGUCUUUCAUUGUUAUAAACGCUGACCUUUGUACCUGACAGUCAGCAUAGAAAAAGCAUACAGAGAAGAGGAGGAAUUAAACAAUGUUUCUAUU